GCGGAAGUGUAUUUGUUUGUUAGCUGCAGCUGCUGGAGGCGGGUAUGCUUUGAAAACACAUUGACCUGCCUGUGGGCGGUAACGGUGCCUGCUGUCCUACAGGGAAAUGGACACAAAUGAUGACCUUGUCCGAACAACCAGCAGUAAGACGCUGCUGAUCCGCCACUUACCUGCUGAGCUCAGCCGGGACGAGAAGGAGGACCUGCUGAAGUAUUUUGGAGCUGAAUCAGUCAGGGUCUUCUCAAACACAGGCCGCCUGAAACAUUCUGCCUUUGCAACCUUCAGAAGUGAGAAGGCAGCAGCAAAUGCUCUCUCUAGGCUCCAUCAGUUAGAGAUUCUUGAUCAUAAGCUUGUUGCAGAGUUUGCUAAAGGCCAAGAUCAUGUGACAGUAUUAAAGGAUCCUCCAGUGUCAGACAGUGGUAAAAGUGUUAAAACAGAAAAGAAGAAGAAACAGGAGACCCAAGAGCCAAAUGUUCCCCUCAUAGAGACCGGCGUCGCACCAAGCCUUGGGUUGAAAUUUCAAUUGAACCCCACUUUGAAAUAUUUAUACCCACCACCUUCUAAUGGCGUUCUGACAAAUAUAACACACGCCCUCAUGAGUGUGCCAAGGUUUUAUGUUCAGGUACUGCAUCUGAUGAACAAGAUGAAUUUACCAUGUCCAUUUGGCCCGGUCACUGCCAGGCCCCCCAUGUUUGAGCUCCUGCCUCCGGCGCCACCCAUCCCCAUGCCCCCUCCCUUCCCUCCUGACUACCCCCCUCUGCCAGAGGAGGAGAUGGAGCUGUCCAGUGAGGAAGAGUCGGAGUAUGAGAGUGGAGACGACGAAGACAAAGAGAGGAUUGUUCGUCUGAUGGGCCUGGUCAACCAAGCAUGCAAGAGACCCACGAGACCAAAAACAGCUUCAAAGAGAAAGAAGCCCAAGAUCAAGGAUCUGCUCUAUGCUCCCAAACCAGACUCUCAGAGUGCUCCAGUGCUGCAGCCGUGUGACGUGUUUGAGCAGCCCCACCCUGCCGGGCCCAGGAAAAUUGAAUUCCACAUCUCGGUUCCAGAGGUGGCGCCUAUAGCGGAAGGAAGUGGGCCAGGUCAAGAGGCGCAGUCUGAGGAGGGCAGAGGAGUGGAGGAGAGGGAGGUCGCUCCCUCCGUCAGCGAUGAUGAGACCGAGGUCACUGAUGGUUUUGGGAAGCUCUACCCCAGCACCCAGGAGUCCCAGCAGCAGGAGGAGCACAGCGGCGACGAGCAGGAUCUCACCUCAGACGCCAUCUCCAGAAAGGAGCUGGAGAAAGGACGUCUGUCCAGAGAUGAGAUGAAAAGGAUGUCUGUGUUUAAAACUUAUGAACCCGGUGAGCCAACCUGCAGGCUGUACGUGAAGAACAUUGCAAAGCAAGUGGAAGAGAAAGACCUGAAGUACAUCUACAGCAGAUACAUCGACCCUUCGUCAGAGGCUGAGAGGAACAUGUUUGACAUUGUGUUAAUGAAGGAGGGGCGGAUGAAAGGGCAGGCCUUCGUCGGACUCCCCAGUGAGCGGAGCGCAGAGAAAGCCCUGCGGGAAACCAACGGCUACGUUCUCUACGACAAACCCCUCGUCGUCCAGUUUGCCAGAUCUGCAAGACCAAAACAAGACAACAGCGAAGCCAGGAGGGGCCCCAAACAGAGAUGAGCUGAGCAGAUACCCAGGCUUGAUAUUGUGGCCCAGCAGAACCAUUCGUAUCCUUAUUCUGGAAUAUCCUUUGGAAAAACCUAAACAGCACGAGGGCAGUUUAUUCGUAGCUGUUGUGGCACAAUUGGAACUUAAACCAGCAACUGGAUCAGUAUCAUAGUUAAGGUUUACAAGGCCUGAGAGCCACGCAGUGUUUCUCAGGCUUGUUGUGUUGUAUUAUUGUGUUGUUGUUUGUUGAGCGUUGACUCUCUUAAAUGUCUCCUCACUAUCUUCUCCACCUUCUACUGAA